CAGGUGCGUGCCGAGUCAAGUGCCUGACCAAUGACGUGUGUUCCGCCGUCAGCGUCAAGACCAACGCAGCUGGGACCACCGACUGCUCCUUCGUCGAAGGAGCCUUCGAUCCUGCCCAACUCGUAGACGAUGCCUCUGCGUUUACUUAUACUCACGAUGUUUCAUCGCUUUCUGUCACAACAACUACCAUCCAGCCUACAACAACGGCUACAACAAUGUCUACAACAACGCCCAGUGUCCCAAACACAACAACAGCAACGCCUACAACAACGCCAAGUGUCACAACAACAAGCACAUCGAUGACACCGAACACAACCAUGGAAACUACAACUACAACACCAUCGACAACAAGUACCAGUACUACAACUGUGACGAGUUCCACUUCAACCACCAGUUCAACUACAGUUUCCCCAACAGUCACACCUCAGUUUUUUCCCAAUGAUUCUAGAUGUGGAAAAUACUGGUACAGAUACAAUGACAUUUGCUAUUUGCCUACAUCUAUAACUUAUGGCGCUUGGAGUGAAGCAAAGAGUACCUGCACAUCUUGGUCCUCACACUUGGCUCAGAUCACUUCUGCCAAUGAAUUCUACAUCCUUAAGUAUCUUUUAGACUCUGACCGCACCUACUGGAUUGGUCUCGAAAAAACUGGCACCACGACAAAUUACACCUGGGACGUAGACAACACAGCCCCAACAUUUGUACUAGAAUGGGAGACUGGUAGACCACAAGGAUAUGGCUGUGUAUACAUCAACAAUAACAAAAAAUGGGUUGACGAAAACUGUGGCCAAAACACCAAUAGGAACUUCAUCUGCAAAAAACCAGCAUCAAAUUAAAAACCAGCUGAAGCGUAAAACCAGCUUGAAAACCAGGUUCAUUAUAAAAACCAGCUGCAGCUUAUAAACCAGAUUCAGCUUAUGCACCAAAUGUCGC